CCCCGUAUUCACAAAUGCUCCUUUCCUUACACGUAAAGCCGGCCUUUCGUAAGGAGAACUUAAGUUAAAGUGUGAGAAAAGGUAAAGGAGCGCUUCAAAAAUCCACCUUACCACAUUUUAAGGGCACCUUACGAAAGGCGCCCUUAUCCGAAUAAGCGUGUGACAUGGGAGCGAGGCUAUGCACACUUUUACGCUUGAAUCUUCUGUGCAUGUGCGUAUAAUUUAUUUUUAUGACAAGACGUUAAUAAAACUGUGCUCCACCAUUCCUACAAGCAAGCACACCCAACGUUAAACAGUCAGUUAGCCCGUUGUUGACUCAACCUUACUUUCAGCUGGCCACCGUGCAGCGUAGCCGUCACAAUAACAGGCUUGCUAAAAUUUCACGUCGUGCCUUUUCUUGUGUUCGUUUGGUUUGUACCGUCCGCUCGCACGUUUUGUUAUUUGUACUUUUUCUCUUUCCUUGCUCUUUAUUUCUUAGCUGUGUUGCGCACUUUUAUUAAUAUUAAUUUCUAGCGAGAAAAGGUGUAAUGGACGGAAAAAAGAGGGUAAAUUUUAGUGAAGAGGAAAGAAGCGUGCUAAUUAAUCUCGUCAGUAAGUACCAAACGAUCGUGGAAAACAAACGGACGGACGGAGUCUCCUUGGAUAAAAAAAAGAAGACAUGGAAGGAGAUCACCGACGAAUACAACUGCCGGCCCGAUGUUCGAUUUCGAACUGAGGCUCAACUUCGCAAAUGCUGGGACAAUUUGAAAGAAAAGUGGAGAAAAGGAAAGGCCGACGACAUGAAGGAAGUGUUUACGACAGGAGGCGGCUGUGCGCCAGCUAGCCAGCUUACGGACGAGUUGGAGCGAGUUGGGGCUGUCGCGUCGCACAUGUCGACACGGGUGGAGAACCCCUUUGACAGCGACCGUGGGCGCCACGCAGCCACUCCCCGAUCACAGAGCACCCCGAGUGUCGUCUCGUUGCUGCAGCCGAUGCAGGUGGAGACGCUUGAACCGCCAAAUGAUAGUAUCUAUGAGUGGGAAAUCCCGGCAAGUCCCGGCGAAAGCAGCCAGGCAGUGUGCAUGCAAGAUGCACAAAAUGGAGCAACCGCAGCUGAGGUCGAGCUGUCGGCAGAAGGGGGACCAGCUGCCUUGCAACCUGCUGUCCUGCAACUGGCUUCCCCAUUACAGGCUGCCCCGUUGCAGACUACCCCUCAACACCCCGCUCCGGCACAACGCAGAAUGCACACAAAGAAAGAAGCUGUUGAGGAAGAGCUCAGCGCCCGCCUUAGCGGUGUUGAAGAGGACAAUAAGCGAAAGAGAAAGGAGCACCUUCUCAAAAUGAAGCUUAUGAGAACUCAGCAUGCGCUUCACAUGAAGCAUGCAAUAGAAAUGCACGAACUUGAUUGUGCAAGUAAGAAGGCUAAACUUGAGCUUCUCACGUUGAAAAUAGCUGCCGUGAGAAAAGCCAGUAAGUAA